CUAAUCAAGUUGAAAUUUCACGUGAUGACAUAUUGACCAUAAUACAAUGUCAUACAAUUGUAAGCACUUUAUGGAGCAAUAGCGUCUAUGAUGCUAAAACUUUACACAAAUUAACCUCUAUCUUACGCUUUACGGUAUAUGACUAUGUAAAAAAACUUAAAAAUGGCAACACUUUAAACCCCUUACCUUGCUCUGGUAAACCAAAGAAACUUUCUCCUAAAAAACGUCAUUUUCUUGGUCGUCUCAUUUCAGUAAAUAAAUAUUACACAUGUACUGAACUUGCGAACAUUUUGAAUGAAAAUUAUACCAAUCUCAACGUAACUGACCAGACUGUGCUUAAUGAACUUAAUAAUCUUAAUUACUUUAGUACUGUCCCAAAAACUAUACCCUUGCUAACUGACUAA